GAGAGAGCAGGUCACUAUUUCUUGCUAUUUUUGUACAAUGAGGCGUAGCAACUAACGAGUGAGAAAUAUGCGAGUAAGGGGUCUAUGUUUUCUUCUUUUUUUUUCUUUCAGUUUUUGCGUAUUUGUGUUAGUGUUUGUGUUGUGUGGCUGAGGAGCGUGUGGUGUUGAAGCCUCAAUCGGAGAACGGGGCACCUCAAUACAUCACCUCAAGGAUUUUUACAUUAGACCAUGAUAUUCCGUUUGUUGUGAUGUGAAUUCUAGUGGCAAGGUCGUCUACAUCCCCAGUUGCCAGACGUACAAUCCACACCCUCCCUAGAGGUACGCACCCCCCCCCGCUAUCACCCACCACCAUGGUGGUAGAAUGCCCACCACCCUUUACAAUACUAGCGUGCGUGAACUGGGCCUCUUGUAGGGCGUGCAGGGUAAAGGGCGUGGAGUGCGGCGGGGAAAGGUGUGUGUGUGUGUGUGUGUGUUGGGGGGAGGGAUGACCGAGGGCAGCAACAGGCAGGGUGUAGGGUCGCCGCAGGCCGUACGGUCUUUCUACUGCGGGUGUCGCUGCCGCGCCGCGCUUGACUACUUGACAACCACGCCAGUCCCGCCGCGACGAGGAACAGUGACCUCAAUAGUCCCACCCAUAUCCACCUGUAGCCGCCCGUCUCACCAUGGCUGCCUUACGCCUGACGGAACGGCUGGCACGUCGUCUGGAUUUGCGGAGGGCGGUGGGCGCGGGCCAGUGUGCUGCUGCGGGCUGCUCGGCGCCGUGCGGGCGGCGGUACAGUGUAUUGGGGGCGGGGCCGAGUGGCAGCUACGAGGAGCUGCACCGCCGCUCCCUGACUGAGCCCGAGGCGUUCUGGGACGAGGUGGGGCGUGGCGUGGAGUGGCACACGCCCUACCACACGGUGCUGGACGACACCGAGCGGCCUUUCACGCGCUGGUACGUGGGCGGCGAGAUUAACACGUGCCACAAUGCCGUGGAUAGGCACGUGGCGGCGGGGCGCGGCGACCAGCUGGCGGUGAUCCACGACUCCCCCGUCACGGGCUCCCUCACCACCCUCACCUACGCCCAGCUGCAGGACGCCGUGGCGCGCCUGGCUGGUGGCCUGGCGCGGCUGGGCGUGCGGCGCGGCGACACGGUGCUUAUCUACAUGCCCAUGAUCGCCGAGGCCGUGGUGGCCAUGCUGGCCGUGACGCGCCUCGGGGCCAUCCACUCCCUGGUGUUCGGUGGCUUCGCGGCCCCCGAGCUGGCCACACGCAUAUCCCACCUGGGGCCCCGCGUGGUGCUGUCUGCCUCGUGCGGCGUGGAGCCCUCGCGUCAUGUGCAGUACAAGCCCAUCCUGGACCAGGCCAUCCAGCUGGCCACCCACAAGCCCGAGCAUGUAGUUCUGCUGCAGCGGGACGGCCUGCCGCAGGCCGCCCUCACUGCGCCGCGCGACCUGGACUGGCAAGAACUGGUAGCCACCGCGCGGCCCCACGACGCCGUGCCCGUGUCCUCCGACCAUCCCUGCUACGUGCUGUACACUUCGGGGACCACGGGCAACCCUAAGGGCGUGGUGCGGCCCUCGGGGGGCCACGCGGCCGUGCUGUCCUGGACCAUGCGGACCAUCUACGGCAUGAACCCCGGCGAGGUGUGGUGGGCCGCCUCGGACCUGGGCUGGAUCGUGGGCCACUCCUACAUCUGCUACGCGCCGCUGCUGGCGGGCAACACCACCGUGGUGUACGAGGGCAAGCCCGUGGGCACGCCCGACGCGGGCCAGUUCUUCCGCGUGGUGGCGCAGCACGGUGUGACGGGCAUGUUCACGGCGCCCACCGCACUGCGUUCCAUCAUGCACAGCGACCCCCAGCACACUCACGCCGCCGCCCACGACACCUCUUCGAUGCGCUGCCUCUUCGUGGCCGGCGAGCCGCUGGACCACGACACGCGCGUGUGGUCUGAGGGGGCCUUCGGCACGCCGGUGCUGGACAACUGGUGGCAGACGGAGACAGGGUACGCCAUCACGGCGCACUGUGUGGGCCUGGGCAUGCCGAUGCGGCCCCCGCGCGGCGCCUCGGGCAAGGCCUUCAUGGGGUUCGACGUCCGGGUGCUGCGCGACGACGGCAGCGAGGCGGGCCCCGGGGAGCUGGGCCGCCUGGCGUGCCGCAUGCCGAUGCCGCCGGGCUUCAUGAGCACGCUCUACAACGCCAGGGACCGCUUCACCGAGACCUACUUCACCAAGUUCCCCGGCUACUACGACACCAUGGACGCCGGCGUGGUGGACGCUCAGGGGUACGUGGGCGUGCGGGCGCGGGACGACGACGUGAUCAACGUGGCGGGGCACCGGCUGAGCACACUGGCCCUGGAGGAGGCCAUGCUGGCCCACCCCCGCGUGCUGGACGCCGCCGUGGUGGGCGUGCCUGACAGCCUCAAGGGCGAGGUGCCGCUGGGCCUGUUCGUGGUGGAGGGCGAGGUGGGGGCGGCCGAGGAGGACCAGGUGGCGCGGGAGGUGGUGCAGACGGUGCGGGAGGUUGUGGGCCCCGUGGCGGCCUUCCGCCUGGCCGUGGCCGUCCCUGGAUUGCCCCGCACCCGCUCCGGCAAGACCGCCAGAAAGACCCUCGCCGACCUGGCCCGCGACAAGCCCAUCAAGGUGCCGCCCACCAUCGAGAACCCCGCCAUCUACAGGGACAUCCUGGCCGCCUUGCGCCGCCACGGCUUCGCCCUCGACGCCCCCGACCCCGCGUUGCCGUUCUGAGGCCCGCCUGUGUGGACACACACACACACACACUCACAUAACACAUACACACAGACACACACACGUGAGGGCGGAAGAAGGGCAAGGACUGACUAAAUUAAUGUUAAUAUGAAGUACCUUGUUUUGAAUGCCCCGCCUGCUCCUGAGAGAGCUAGACCUAUGAUGAAAUUACGCUUUUCUUAUCAGGAUGACAUAACAAAUGUUAUCGCAGUGGUCAAGGUUUACCAAAAGAAACUUCUCCCUCUUCCUCCCGGAGGCCUCUGACUGAUAGCACAUUACGUUAUCUUGAUUCAAAGCAUUGCAUCAUCACACACACACUCAUGUUCCUAUUUUUUUUACUUCAUCAAUAUUACUGCCACAGUAAUUAUCUAUAAAUCCAACUUUAAUCGCCUUGAGCUGUCAG